UAUCUAAACAGAAAUACCAAAUGAAUUUGAAAUGGUAGUGUGAAAACAACAUAUAAUAAUAAUUAAAAGUCAAUUUCUCAUGGCAUUUUCAAAUAACAACACCCAAUUAACAAGUUGUAUGAUGGUUUGAUGUAUAUCUAUAAGCUUUACCUUCUUCCACAUUUAGCUCGGCCACCACCUGCUGAAACCACCAUCUUCUACUCCUCCCAUAUAUUGCUACUGCCGUGACCCUCUCUGUCCCUGGCCUUAAACCUUUUCUAAAUCGAGAAACCGCCUUCCCCAUCUCCUCCGGUUGCCACCAUAUCCAUACAUCAUCACCAAUAUCAAAAGCCAUGUCUUCUUCUUCAGGGGUAAACCUUGAAAAUUAUCUAAUUCCAUUGGAGGAGAUCAAACGUGCCACCGAAAACUUCAGUCAACAGAGAUGUAUCGGAGGCGGUGGAUUUGGUGCAGUCUACAAAGGACAACUCUCUGAACGCUGGCAAAACCGCACAGCUGCUAUCAAACAGCUAGGUCAAGAUAGCCACCAAGGAGAACGUGAAUUCCGAAACGAGUUAGAGAUGAUCUCAAAAUUUCACCAUGAAAACAUCAUAUCAUUCAUUGGUUAUUGUGAUGAAGGCAAUGAGAUGAUUAUAGUUUAUGAGUAUGCAAUGAAUGGAAGCCUUGAUCAUCAUCUCCAAGACCCACAUAAGAUUCGUUGCAUAACAUGGACAGAACGCCUAAUGAUUUGCAUAGGGGCCGCAAAAGGACUGAGUUACCUUCACUCGGGUCUUGGGGAGCACAAUAGAGUAAUACAUAGAGACGUAAAGAGUGCUAACAUAUUGUUAGAUAACAAUUUGGUCGCAAAAGUUUGUGAUUUUGGCUUGUCAAAAAAUGGUCCAAGAAAUCAGCCAGACACCCAACUCUAUACACGGGUUGCGGGUACCCAGUUUUACAUGGAUCCUACUUACCAUGAAAGCCGAAUCCUCCGAAAAGAAUCAGAUGUAUAUUCUUUUGGCGUGGUACUCUUUGAAAUCCUAUGUGGGAUGCUUGUCUAUCAUGAAAAAAGAUUCGGAGGUGAUGGCAAACAAUUUCUCAUGACUUCGGUCCGACGAUACUAUAAGAAGGAACCACACAAGGUAAUUGAUCCCCAUAUAAUGGAACAAAUUGAUAGUGGUGCUUUUGAUGCAUUCAAAGAAAUUGCAUAUCAAUGCAUUAGUUUCAACUCGAUAGAACGCCCCACAAUGGAAAAGGUCGUUGAGAGGAUUGAAGAAGCACUAACUAUUCAAACCAACAAACGCUCCGCCUGCACCCCUGAAGUACGUUCUUGGAUAGAAAGUGCCAUCCAUAAACUAAAGUCCUCCAGUUCUUACGAGCAGAGAAUGGGCGCUUAUGAAAUGAACCUCCUCGCAAAAAGAAACAACGACAACCGUGUCGCCAUUGCCUACGCCGGUGUAAUCCCUCUGCUCAAAAACCUCCUCAAAUCACCGGAUUCCCAAGAACAGGCAGUGACCACUCUUCUUAUCCUCUCGAGUCAUGACAACAACAAAUUCAUCAUAGUGUCUUCGGGGGCUGUUCCCGGGAUCAUACAUGUCCUGCGAGAAGGUAACAUGGCAGCACGGGAGGACGCAGCUGCUACCCUUUUCAGCCUCUCUUUAAUUGAUGAAAACAAGGUAACCAUCGGUUCUGCAGAAGCGAUCCCACCUCUUGUGUUACUGUUGCGUGAAGGUACUCAGAAAGGGAAGAGAGAUGCAACCACUGCGUUAUUUAAUUUAUGCAUAUAUCAGGGUAACACAAUAAGAGCAGUGAGGGCCGGUGUAGUCCCAGUGUUGAUUGAACUUGUUAGGGAACCGCAGGGUGUGUUGAAGGACGAAUUGUUAGGCGUUCUUUUUGUACUCUCAACCCACCCUGAAGGGAUAUUAGCUAUAGGUAAAGCAGAAGCGGUGCCUGUUCUCGUUGAGGUUAUUGGGAGUGGAUCCCUAAAGCUCAAAGAGACUGCGGCUACAGUUUUGGGGAAACUUUGUUUUGGAGAUCAAAAGUAUUUGGUGGAAGCUCAAGAACUUGGAGUUGUAGAGAAAUUGAAGGAUUUGAUGUAUCAUGGUACAGAUAGAGGGAAGAGAAUAGUCGGCCAGUUGCUAGAAAAGAUGACCAUAUGAAGCUAACAAGAAUAUUUUCAGAAGGAUUGCAAUUGCAACAUGAAACAUGGUUGCUUUGUACAUAUUAAACAGUGCAAGGACAAGUACAAUUACAUAGGUCUCGGUAUAUAUACACACAUACUUAACCAAAUUAUUCUAACUGCCAUAACUCACAAUCAAUAAAUAACACGGUAAUGUAUAGAGCAACAGAAGCUGAUAUUCCUCUUUUGAAAUAUUUUUCAUAUGUUCUGGUGUUGAUUUUGUUCUUCUGUUAAUAUAUAAGGGGAAAGAAAGUACGUAGACCGCCCACUAGCACUACCACGGCCACCAUGACCUUUGUUCAGUUUAUACAUGUAUUUUAUUUAUUUUGUUUUUGUUCA